GCCCAGUCAUUAUUGAAAUUAUUCCAUCAUAGGUGCUUUCAGUUUCAAGUGAGGUCAUCGACAGCAAAAGAUUAAAAUCAAAAUAUUAACGAAGCCAUAGAAAAUUCAGCCUGUCGUAUUUACAACGUUAGAGUCUUCCAUGUGCAGUUGAUUUUCCUGAUGAAAACGGAAAUUUCAUCGGGAAUUAUUCUGCGACCAAAUUGAAAUGCCGAAUAAAAACAUUCCAAACUCAUUCCCUGAUUGUCAUAGUAAACAAAUUUGAGAACACGUCUGGACUUGCAGAUAUUAAAUAUUUCCCGUGGGCUAUUUCCCUAGUUUGCAUUACAGCACACACAAAAAAAUUCCCUGCUCAAAAGAUUCACGCAACUUUCAAAAUAUAAUGUUCCCUCAUUGGACUCCGUGGAGACACCUACCGUAGCAUACGGAGAGUGAAGAGCUCUUUAUACUGCAACAGAUCAUAUCAACAAAGCGCAUUUAGUCGACAGAGAGAGAAGGUAUGUCUGCUACCAAUAUCACAAUAGUUCAAACGUUGAAAUGCACUUUCAAUUAGAGUUCUUGAUGAACAUCAAACCACUUCCAAACUGCCUGUCCUCCUUCUACCGUGGCCAACAAUGUUCACGGCGUACCGUUGUACAACACUCUUUUAUACUCUUACUUCAUAUCAUACCGCGCUCCAGGAUGGAUGCACAAUGAAGCCAGCACAGGGUAGAAUGGACAAGGAAAACACAAGUGCAGGCCCAACUCUUGACACAAAGAGCGCCUCUUCUCACUAAAAUCACUAGAGGAGUAGAACACUGAAGAAUGGCCGGGGAAAUAGAAGGCACACGAGCGUUUUGUGAAGAUUGUCAAGAAAGAUCAUUUAAAAGGCGAACACCAUUAAAGACGUCGUAAAUCGUUUUGAUAGAAGACAAAGAAUUUUGUUCAUUUUUAAGGAAGUUUCUCUGUAAAAAUUCAUGGCUGGCAUCCUGUAAGUGACAGCUUACAAUAUGAUCGGCCGUCGAUUAAUGAACUGAUUUCCCAUGGAAUCGAUAUCGCAGACUUAGAUGAGGCUUUCUUCACUCUGGCAUAGUAGAAUUUGUCAUGUUCAGGAAACAAAAGGGAUACGCGAGGUAAGUUCGUCGAUGAUUAGGUUGUUUUACUUUGUGAUCUAUAAAUUUCACAAAUUUUCUUUAAAUUCAAGACUUUCAUGAAACUAAACUGUUCAGAGGUGGACUGAUCACGAAUCGAAAUGUUAUUCUUGACCUCAAUUCCACUCUGUACGUAAAAUUCAAUUUCAGGUAGUCCUAAAAGAUGUACCACUUUCCUCUUGAGUUUUGCCUAAUUCAGCAAACGCAAUCAACAUGCCAACGGACUUGCCCAAACAGAGCCCUGAUAGAAAGGCGAUGGAUUUUUAACUGUCUGUGACGGAUAGAGUUUCACCGAACACAAUCCAUAUUACAGGAGAAUUUUCACUGGGCACUUUAAUCCUUUCAAUCCUGGUAGUAAUUGGUAUGUAAUUUCUCCCAACAAUUUCAAUACCUUAUCACACAACCUAGUAUAGAAAAUGAAUAACAAAAUCAACUUAGUUUUUAUAUGGCUCUGAUGCAAGACACCACAUUAUCGGCAGUAACAAACAAAGAAGAGUUUAGCAUUAGUUGGGAUGAUUAUUUUUUUAAGAUCAUAGCAGCGAAGGAAUUGACAACGGCUAAAUUUCUCGCAAAAAAAACAACAAACGUUCGACCUGCAUUCGGGCGCUAAAUGCGUUUGUUUACAAGUCCCAUUAUCACUGUUUUAGUUAUAUCAUACAAAUAACGGUCAAAAAGUAAAAGCAGUAUUUCGUGAAGUAUACAAAUGUACGUCCCUCUAACCGCCUAACAAACUUCCAGUACAGGAAAAAAUCUGAUGGGUUCCACUCAAUCCUUGCGUUCUCUUUAUCUAAUUCAGAGGCGGUUUUCAAAAACUUCAAUCAAAUCGACUGCCACCCCAAAACUUGCUUCACAACCCGAAACAUGACUUCUUCGAUUGCAAUCAUCUUUGAAUUGAUCAAGUGUAACCUAUUGUUAAUAGCGACUGAGCCAAUCAUCUGUGAGUUAUCCGUGACGUAGAGUCGACCUACCACAUGGAGUCGAGGAAGAAAUCAACACCUUAUUCCUCCAGCUCAGCUAAGGUAGGUUUGUUUCCCAUUUUGCACAACUAUUUCGGCGGUAUUUUUCUCGAGUCUUGCAAUGAUUUGAGAAAAUUUACCGCCCAUGAGACAAAGAACGCACUGUCGCUCUUCUGAUGGCACAUUUCACAAAUUGUAACAGAGCACGAGGUAUCACUUUUUCAGCUCCCCUAAACCGUCCAUAGAAAUAGAUCCCAGCACUUUUAUUGUGUUAAGUGUAUCGUUCGCAACGAUUCCGCGAUGACCAGCUUUAUGUCGCCUAGAACAGUACCCGCGCGAAGUAAUUUUGAUUACCUAAAAGACGCCAUUCCAUCACUUGCGACUGGAGCAACUCGGUAAGGGCUAAGAACUUGGCCUCCUGCGGGGCCCAAGAAAAUCAAAACCACGUAUUUGGAAUCAUACCGCAAUCAUUCAUAAUCAGCAGAAUGUUUACAGUUGUUAGAGGUCUUGUUAAACACAAAUCGCUCCAAAGUAAAACUUGGAAAGUCAAAGUAUCACAGACACGUUGAAAACGCGAACUUUGAGGAAUUUGUAUAAACUAACUGCACCAUCAACUCUUCUAUAGUUAUACCAUAGAGUUUUCCAAGGAGCAAGAAUAAUGGCCAACAACAACGCAAACGUAAGUACCAUGUGUGAACAUUUAAAGGCAAAGCUAUCUAUCUCUAACUGUCCUACUGCUAUACAGCACGAUGAUUAUCACUUUAAUGCUAUCCUUAAUUCUAAGCAUCUUCUAAUCUAACCCAAUACCGAUACUUUAGAGCUACUUCAGUAAAAAGUCUGUUUUUCAUUCCAAAAAGGUACUAUUUCAACAUUCAUGCACGUUCAUGAAUCUCCAAAGCUAGUUCAAUUCAACAACAAUUCGUUCUUACUAUACCUGUUCAAGUUCAUAGAAACUCGCUGUGUGGUGCCAACUAAAGCCAUCUUCAUGAACGUUUAAACAAAGUGACUUCAGUCUUGUGAAAUCUCAUCGUUUGCCAUGAAGCAUACUAGCAGCAUGCAAUUUAUGCAGCCGGGUGUGUAAAUGUUACUGUACAAGGUCUAAAAUUUCGGAGGAUUUCAUUUAAGCUCAAAAGGCAGUCGUUUUAUUUCCUGUUACUUUUGCUCGCUUUCGCCUUCUCUUACAUCGUGAUGAAGUGCCUUUUCGGAAAAACCGUUCAACUUUCACGUCGAUAAAUUCAAAACCUAUCAUCAGCUGUCACAGACAAAAAUGAUAGUAUGACCUAACUGUAGAACUCCAAGAUUCCAAGAUCCUUCUGCGAUUCGGAUAUUAAUUAUGUAGAGGGUCAAAGAGGAUAUGGCUGAAUAACUACUUCAACCUUAAGUGGCAAUCAGUAAUUUAAAGAAGGGUAUGUCAUACAGCUGUAAGCACUAAAUGCAGUAACGAUCAGUGUGUAUCGAGAAUACCCUUGCUAACGACAGUGAUAAGUUGUAGUUAAAGGUAAAAUGAAUUUUCCAAUAAAUCUCACAUAUUUCAAGCAAACUCUGUCUUCUAUUCCACUCGUUGCUAUGCAUUGAUGAAUAGUGCAACUGUUUGUUUCAGGAGCAGGACAGAUUUAUGGGCACAGAUCGGUAAGUUGAAAAACUCUUCGUUCAAUUUACACAUUCCAGAAGCAAAACUAUGUCAAUCUAUAAUCCCCUUUAUGUCCCCCUUGAGAGAAAUCACUUAUACUUGCAUUUUAAACUGUUACCUUUGAAUUGUUUCCAGAUCUAGUAUUUAUAAUCAUGAUAGCCAUGACUGUAUACACACUGUAUAUGUAUUGAUAAUCUUAUAGUUGCAAACAAUGAGUACAUAUGUGCAGUCUAAAGCAUCCCAGAUUGUCCUUCAAAUAACAAAUGUUUAUCUUGCUUGCAAGAAUUAUUCAUCUCUUACCUCUAACACAUGACAUGGACAAGUCUAUGCUCUCACACUGUUUAUCAUGAAAAUAUGUUGAUUUAUUUUCAUGCAUGCAUGUAUGCAUGCAUGCAUGGGAUAUCACACUUAGAAACCAAGUUUAAUGUAAACAGUUAACUGUAAACAAACUGAGGCAUGAACUUACCUCUGCCCUGCUUAAUUCAUUUUAGGGAUGAUCUGAUUGACACAUUCUCUCAGUUUCUGAUAUUGGACCUGGAGGUAUGAAGAAUCUUUUAAAAAUUAAACUUCCCUUUUAAGUGCCAGGUUACAAAUUUAAGUCUACCUCUGACUAAAAUAUGAAUUUUUCCCCCUCCUUGGCCAAACUUUUGUACAUGUACAUGCCCUCACAACAAAUAGGCAUCACAUUUUCCCCAAUCAGCCUCAUGUAUCAGGACACAUUUCUACUAUGCAGAUUGUCAACAAGAUACAUAUUUCACACCACUUGGGAAGGGAUACAAGAAAAAUUAGUCUUCCCAUCACAUGAAAAGCACAUUAGAGUAAUAAAGCUGAUGACAUGGGGGCCCCAUAAUAAGAUAUUACAUAAGUAUGCAAGUUAGAUACCAAGAUAAAAAAUAAUCCAAGAAUAUUGCUGGGUUGUCAAAAUUGAAGCUAAAUGCAAAUGUGUUAUGUAUGAGUGUAGAUAAUACUUUUUGAUAAUAUCUACAUAAUAUAAUAUUAUUACAAGAGUUCAGGUUAAAAAGUGUAUUAGCUAUGAGGUGAUAAAUCUCAUGAUUUUUUUCCUUUGUUUUAUCAACUUAAACUUUAACCCCCUUUAACUCCCAAGAUCUGAUUGCUAAUUCUCCUCUCCGGCUGCUACACAUUUCUUUGUAAAUUUGUUAUAAGAUUUUGGUGUUUAAUCAAGAUAACUUCUUCCACCUAUUAAUGGUUUCUGGGAGCUAAAGGGUUAAGUGUUCCUUUAUGGCUGCAGCAGAUAACAUGUCUUCUUAAUUCAAAGCUGAAUUACAUUUUAUUUUACAGGUGCCUGAUGACACACCUUCAAUGCAAACAAGGUACAGUACAAUUUAUGAUUAUUAGCAAUCAUACAGAGUGCUUGACACACAAUUUUCUUGCACAAUUCAAGUUAUACAAUCACAGAAGCUGCAGAUAUUCAAAUAUUAGAGGGCAGGACCAAAUUCAUUACUACGUCAUUAUCCUUAACUCAUGAAUUUAUUGACAGCAGAAUGUUGGCACAAGUCAUCUUUGAAAGCCAACAGAUGCGUUCCCAAGGAGAAAUGGAAACCAUACCUGUACAACCUUCUUGGCUUAUGGAUUCAUCAGUUGCAAUGGUGAGUUAUUCAAAUUUUUCUUUCACUCUUAAAUACAGGUAAUGUACAAAAUUGACCUCUGAGUUUAGAAUAUUGAGCUUAACAGUUUUCUGAAACUACUCAAAAUGCAGCUUUAAUAACAAGGCAGAUUGAUAAUGAUAGUUUCCGUGUGUCUUUUUUUCUAAAAAAAAAAAACAUGAAGUUUAUGAGCGGUAAAUCUUCAUUAACUGUUUCAUUCUCAAGAUCUAGUCAUCAAUUCUCUAGAAUGUUAGCCUUGUUUUCUCUUAUACUUAAGUACAUCUAAGAAUUAAGUAUGGAGUGAAACAAAGUCCCCAAGAUGAUAUAUGUAAUUUUUCCCAUGUCUCAUCUUCCCUCUGUUGGGAGAUGUAUUGACAUUGUAAGGACAAAUAUACUCUUGGCAGUGAAAGGGUUAAAAUGUCUUCAUGUUAAAUAUGUUAGAUAUGUGUAGAAAGUACAUUUAAAAGUUUACCUUUUAAAAUAUUAGAAUGUUUAACACCACAUGUGGGAAUAAUAGCAUACACAGCACAUAAAAUGUACUCUCGAGUCUUAUAUGGCUCACAGUAUUCUUCUCUUUUUAAAGAUAUGGCACAAGAUGCAAUCAUGUACAUGAACAUUAGGUCACUAAACAUGUACAUUUGUUGAAAAGUAUAGCUUAAUGGCAAUAGAAAUUCCUAACAGUAGCAAUAAAAUCCAAAAUCUGAAUAGAUCUGAUUAAGGCUACCACCCAAUGCUUUCUAUCCAACCUUAGUUCCUUCUUAAACUUAAUACACAGGGUGCUGAAGAACUUUGAAAGUUCAAGAUCCCAACAUUACAAGAACUUGAAAUAAUUAGUUUUAGUGUAUUUCAAACAUAGCACAUGUAGAUUCAGUUGGAAAAGCUAAAAACCCUAGAAUGUACGUUUGUAAAUCCGUUACUUCAGAGUAAUUAGUUUUGUUUUGCACUUAAUAUUGGUUUACCUCACCACUAUCCAAAAUAUUGUAUACAAUGUAUGGUUUUUGAAAAACAUCAAAUGUACAUGUAUUAGACAUGAAUCAUUUAAAUUUUCUGACAAAUAAGUUUCCUUACAACUCCCAAGAACUUUCUUAGGUUAAAUCCAUCCUUUACCGUAUGACCAGUCACCGGUGAGAUCUCUGUAAUCAGAUUUAGAACUACAGUAUUAUGGUUUCUCUUGACUGUAAAAAAAACACAAUCCAAACAAAAACUGGAGUUGGAGAUGCUAAUCACUGUUUUAAGAAAAGCUUUCAAACUUUUUCAAGGACUUUGUCCAGCGAAUAUCCUCAUAGGAUACAUGUAUUCAUCAGCACAAAGAAAGUUAAUUCUUGUAUCAUGCAGGUAAUUCUUAGGGCUGAAAAGACAGUAAAUCUAUCAGUAUGGUCAUAGUUCAUUACAGAAUGGAAUAAAUGUCUUUUCUCUUGUGACUGAACAGUUUCUUUUCAAAAUGAUUAAAAGAAUUUGACAUGCAUGAACACUUGACAGAACUAUGUUACACAGACACCAGAACUGUGUGACACAAAGAAUGGCAAUUUGUGUGACAUAGAGAACUCUGAACGGUGUGACUUGAAUAUGAAGUGACAUAAAGUCAGGACAAGAUUCACUGAUACAAAUGCACAUCUACAAUUUUAUCCAAACAAUUCUGCCUUCCAUCCAGAACAAACAAUUAUUUCAAUCAGAUAUCCUUUGAAAUCCUUUCACUCCCAGGAGUGAUUAAGAAGUAAUUUCUCCCCACACUAUCAACACAUUAUCGAGCUGCUAGGUUAGGAGAAUAAAAGCAAAUAUCAACUGGAGGAUAUUACUGAUCUACCUGUAAAAAUUCUUAGAACUACUACUACCUUUAAAGAAUUGCAUCGCAGACAGUUAGGAUAAUGCAUUCUUCCAGUGUGGAAGGGUUUAAAUAGACAUCUUUCCAUAGGGUGACAGAUUCAAACUGAUAUGGAGAUGCAAAAGGGUCAAAAAUAAAAUCUUUGAAAUAAAAAAUUACAGAAGUAAGUAAUAUGAGUAACACACGAAGAAAAAAGAAAAAUUUUUCCCAUGAUACUUUGUUUAUAAAUUUAAACUGUUUGUCUGCAUAGGCCACAGUAUAACACUUUCACAUGUGGAAAAAUCUAAAUAAUUUUACUUAAACUGCUAUUUGUAAAACUAUUUCAAACCUCCCAAAAUCCUUCAAAACUCCCUAACAACUUAGUACUCCCUAUAGUACUUCAACAAAAGAUUUGGAUUAAAGCUAUAUACAAAAAUUCAGAUUUUCCUUAUGAUUUUCAGAGUCAAACUGGACUUUUAGAGAAUUUGAGGAGUUUUUUUUUUUUUAGACAAUAAUGUUAAAAAAACAACAACAAAUGUACGUGUUUCAAAAAAGCUUCUUCAGUGUUCUUCCACUGUUUCCAAGCAGGCUCCUUCAACAUAAUCACCAUUACAAGCCUUUUUAGCAUCACUGAGGGGCCUCAGUGCCAACUGUUUAGUGUUGUUACUGUUUGUUACAAGGAGAAUUCUGUAAGGAGACAAAGCUGACAAACCACUUAUUUUGUCUAGUAAAUAAAUUAUUUAGAAUCAGUUUAAAGGUGCUUUCAUGCAAUUUCACUGCUGGGAAUCUGACAGUUAAUGAAAAUUAUGUGAUUAUUAACAAAAAAUAAGACGUGGAAUUUGUAGGAAAAAAUUCAAGAUUUUUGGAAAUAAAAAAGGAGAUUUCUAGAAAUUUUUAAGAGAUUUUCUAGAUUUUGGUAUCUAGGCCCAUUGUGCAUUAUCAUGACUACAAUUGAAUACCUACUCUAUCUUUAACUGGUGCAAAUUGAGAUAUAAAAAUAAACAUGAGAUGAAGUUCUAUAUUGGAAUCUUUCAAUUUUCAGCAGCUGCAUUAAACAAACAAAAAAAAACAGGUGCAGCAGCAAAAUAGACAGCAACCCCCCCUACUGGCCCCCAGCAGCAAAUCCUUGUAUAAGAUUACACAUGUGUUACUGACUAAGUGUGAGAUUAAGAUCACUGGAUAUUGGCCAAAUUCUUUUAUUGUGUUUUUGUGGACAAAGACAAAGUCAAGGUCCCAGUAGUUGUCACCAAAAAAGCUUGAAUGAUAAAGGAUAUAUUAAAUAGCAAAAAUAUUUCACUUUAUUAAGAAUAAAGAAUUACUCUAUUUCACGGGAUGGGAAGGAAAGCCAACCAUUUUUGGUUGCACAAUAGACCAAAAAGUUGCUCAUAUUUUAUUUUAUUUUAUUUAUUUUGGCUGUCUUCUACCACUUUUAGUGACUCCAUUGCCAACACUAAUAAAUAUACAUUAUUGACUAAGCAUGAGGUCAAGAUGGCUGGAUUUUGGCCACAUUCUGUUUUUGCAUUUUUAUUGACAGAGACAAAGUCAGCAUAAUAAGAAUCAAGAAUGACUGGUUUAUCUCGAGAGCCAGAAAAAAAAGAAAUUGAACAGUGUUUAUAGCACUAUAAAUCCAUGAGAGUCAUUUAUGUUUUCUUUGCUCUUUUUGUUCUUCCCAUUUUUGCAAAUCAAACAUUGCCAUAGUCAAAACAUUAUGAACUUUUAAGUCCCUUCCAAGCCAUUUAUUUCUUGUGCAGGAUCAAUGCGGCUGAUCUCAAGCAGGCAAAAUGGGCCCAUUUUGACUGCUUGGAUAGCCAAUCAGUACAUUGAAUUCGCUUCACACUACCCAUGCUGGAUGUAUGAUAAUGUCUCUUAUUGGCCCACCUCCUUUCCUUACUUGGUCAAUUCUACCACUCUUUUACUUGGAUGUCUACAUGUAAAUCUCUACGGACGGUGACUUGUAUCUCAGUGGCGGACUACUUUGACCUACAAACCUUAAAAUCUAUACUUUCCACAGGUUUGGCAGUUCAAAUUAUUUAAUUUAUCAUGCGUGUACCAGUAAAUUAUGGUGACAAACGAGUUGAUCAUUAAGGAAUCAAAGUAAAAGACGAGAGAGGGUCUCGAUUGCUACAUUAAGAUUUUCUCUGUUUGUCUUACCUUACCAUUUUAGUCACUUACUUCAACCAUUUCCAGAACACACGCGCUUAAGACAUGCGCAGUUACUGUACAUGCGCCGCUUGACCUGCAAAACUGUAAACUGGGAACUAGUGCAGAAUCUGGGAAAGUGUGAUGCCACCUAAAAAUUAACUUUCUCACACUUAAUUAAGAUUAUUCCUUCCAGAUUCAACUUAGGCGAAUGCAGAACGCGCGAAGAAGUCUUCCUUACAAAAAAAUUUAUUUUUCUUACCCUGACCGGCCGUAAAGCUCGAUCAUUGUCCGUAAGCUGGGAUGAUGUGCGAGGUAAUUUUACAGCUCUAAAGUAAAAAGGUCUCGCGGGGCUUUAUUGGAAAAGGCUGCUUUUUUUUUUUUUUAAUAAAAGGCCGUUAUUAUUAUUUAUUUUUGGCUCAAAUGCGUCGCCUCUGGAAACCAACUAGCAGAAUUUUUGUUUGUCACUUGGAUUGACUUCAAGAUUUUCUCCGCAUGCUUAAAAUAUUACCGCGGCGCAGAUGUGACCACGUAGAAUUUCCUUUUUUUAUCAUUUAUUUUUUCACGUAUGGCUGCACAUGCCUAGCUCUUACACGGACUGGAACAAUUACGUUGCCACAGAGUUAGAACGCUAUGAAAGUUAGAAGUUUAAUUUGUUUACAAUCCGAUGUUUGUUGCACAAUCUCGGAAAGUAAUGGAAAUCGUUGAGGUGUUAAUCGUACCCUUUGAAUUUUUCAACGCGUGGAAUCUUAGUAGUGAUUAGGGUCAGAUAAAUUGUACUGACAUCGUUUUGGGCAUAAUGCUAUGGUCAGAGCAUCGAGCAUAAUGCCGGCAUAAUGAAUAAAAUUCUUAAGCAACUCCCUUGACGUUACUGUUUGACAAGAGAUAAAUUCUGUAGUCUGAGGACUAUCAAUAGUUAGCCUGUUUUUCUUGCUUGUAUUUAAGGUAUUUGAUCCAGUUAAAUGUUGUGAUAUGAACUUAAUUCGGUGAGCCUUCUAUUCUCUGCAAGUUUUACCUGACGGUGGUAGGAAUGGGGACAGGGGCUAUUUAAUUGCACAUAAUGAAAAUUUUUGACAUAAUUUUUUCCAAACGCCUUUUUUUUUUUAAGUUGACGGUCAAAAUUUUCGAGCAUAAUCUAAAUGACCCUAACAGUGAUACGAUUCAGUUCUAGGUAGUCAAGGCAUGAAACAAACGAGAAAGAAAUGCCCCACUAGAAUUGAGUUUUGAACAAUUCAUGCGCGUGUAAUAAGUGCAUUAGAGUCAUUUUUUUGAACAGGUUUGAACUCACAAGAGCAAAAAGCACGCGGGCGACAUAAAAAGGCUUCAUUCUUUCAACCAAUUCAAUUGAUCGAAUUGAAUUUCCUGAGAAUGUGGCCUUCUUACGCAGACGUAUUUCCGGUUGUCGCUUCUUUCAGGAAAUGUAUCUGAGUGCGGCGGCUUAGGAAAUGUCUUAAAGUUUAGAUAUGUCAGCAUUUUGCUCUUAUAUUCUAACGUACAAUUUGUUAACCCUUUUCAAACUGUCCCGAUCAGGCUAAGAUUUUACAAUUUAGAUACAUAUUCGAUGACGGAAAUAAUUCCACAAAAGAUAGAUGUAAGUGGAGAGUCUGGCCUCACUUCAUAAGGACUUUCUAGGCAUCCAUCUAAAACGUCCCGUUCAACCAGAAAAUACAAAAGCAUCUAUAUCCAUGAGCACUUGCGAAUAACCUCAAAGAUAAUUAUAAAUACUGGCGAGCGUAAUACUCCGCAGUAUCUCACGGUCUGUCAGUCUUCAUAAAAAAAAACAAAGAUAGUUCAAAGGCAGCGGAGGCGCUUAGUAAACUUCACUUUAAGUUUAGCUGCAGCUCUUUCAACGACUUGGAUCAUGUCGUGAACCUCAAAGCAAAAUAGCUCAAGUGGCUCAAAUUUGAGUUGACUUUCUUGUGUUCUGAAAGGCACGUGCGUCAUGAAAAUGACAGAGGCUCCAAAUCAGACCGAACAUGGUAACCUACAGUAGCGGUAUAUUUAUGUGACAGGCCUUAGCACGAGGUAAUAAUAUGAGUAUCUAUUCUAUCAACGAGUUAAUGAGUAUCUAUUCUAUCAACGAAUUGUCUCUAUGCACAGCGUCUCGGCCAACAAUUGUCAAGCUGGAAGACAUCAAGGUUUACCGUCCAUUCACUUUCAUCACUGUCUUGUUAAUUAAAUGUAUCAACUCUUGAAAAUUAAAUUCGACGAUUGCAAAACGGUCUGCGUCGAGACGAAAUGCCAACAGUCUAAGAGCUGAAAGUUUGCACUUUGCGGUUCACCGGCUUUUGAAGCUGGCUAAGUGACAAGUCUAUUACCAGGUGAAACAUGUUUAAAAUGAGCCAAAUUUUAGUUAAGAACAACGCGUGUGAUAAAUUAACAAUUCCAACAAUUAAAAAACAUCUAGUGUUUAAUGGUUUUAAUACAUAGUGGGAAACAAUCUGAGAAUUACGAGGAGAUUUAGAUCAAACUUAUCAUGGCACAAUAACUACGUAUUUUGGGGCAUGUCUGGGCAUGCCCACGAGAGGGAAUUACUGUAAUUUGAUUGGAUAGAAUUGAUGAAAAUCGACCUACGAAAAGGGACGUAAACUUUGCACCAAAAGCGAAUAGGGAGUCAGAUGUUGCACUAGCGCCAAUUUCGAACGGCGGAGGCUAAUUGCUGUAGGCGAUUCAUCUAUCCUGGGCAAUGCGGGCAAAAAAGAUGAAUUCAUACACUAACUUUUGAUUUACAAUUAGCAGAAAACAUGGAAAUAAACGAAAUACAUUAAAACAGGCAUGAGAGUGGAAUGAUUUUCAUAUCUGAAACACAUAUCAAAAUUGUUCAAAUACCGUUGCGACUACGCUUGCUCAAGAGUUCCUUACCUGAGAAACCUUGCUAAUUAGUUAUGCGUACCUAAAUUUGUCACUGCAUAUUCUUGAAGAUUCAUGGGGUGAUGAGGAAUCUCAGGCUCUGAAAGUCUUUGUAACCAAGAAUCCCUAACCAAGAAUCCCUUCCCAAAUUUCUAUUACAUACGCUGACCCUUUCAAAUUACAGAUAUCAUGUAACUGAAAAGCAGCUUGUGUACAUAGUCAGUCAAACUUGCCCGAACAGUUUAUGAGAUAUUUUGAUUUCCAUGUUUUCUAGUACAAGUAAAAGAUUUCCAUGCUGUAAUCCAAACAUGCGUAAAGCAGCGUUAGCAAACUUCGCCCUAGGACGUUUUUUCGCAAAUAAAUCGUAGUGAAACAAACAUCUUAUCAUCGCAACUUCAGUGAUACGCUUCAGUAGUAAUGUAGUAAUGUAGGGUUUAACAACAGUCAAUAACGACAACUGCGUCGACGUGGAUUCUUGCGUAGAGUCAACGAUUCAUGUUUUUCUCGGCUAAUGAUUAUACUUACGCUAUAACUUGAACCGCAUUUCAUCGCAACAAUCCUCAAAUCCAAAGGUCCAUAAUCUAGAACUGAUCAGUAAUCGCGUGACAGACUGAACAAUGAACACUACAUUUCUACAACAAAAAAUGUGCGCAAUUUGUCAGCAUUAUCAGCCCCAACUGCGGUUUCGGAGAAUCAAUUCGCAAAUUCAGUGAUACGCCUCAGUAGUAAUGUAGUAAUGUAGGGUUUAACAACAGUCAAUAACGACAACUGCGUCGACGUGGAUUCUUGCGUAGAGUCAACGAUUCAUGUUUUUCUCGGCAACAAUCCUCAAAUUCAAAGGUCCAUAACCUAGAACUGAUCAGUAAUCGCGUGACAGACUGAACAAUGAACACUACAUUUCUACAACAAAAAAUGUGCGCAAUUUGUCAGCAUCAUCAGCCCCAACUGCGGUUUCGGAGAAUCAAUUUAACAGUGGGUUAUCUCUGUCUUGCACAGCUCUGAGGUUUCCUUUCAAAACGGCAACCGCAACUGAAAUAAGACUGUAACCGCAACAUGAAAGAUAACCCCACCAUUAGGAAUUACGACAUUCUAAAUCGUACGUGCAUUUAGUAUAUCUCUUGUCAAAUACAGCAUCUCGUUAGAAAAAUUUCCAGUAUAUUCUAAGCACGAAUAUACAGAGAAAGUGUACAAGAAAGUAAAACCACUUUUUCUCAAGUGGUAAGACUUCUAAGUAUCCACACGGGCAGAAAGGUAGUGCCACCGACACAACGAUGAAUGAUGAAACAUGAUCAAACGGAUUUAAUUUUACGAUGAAUCAUGACUUGAAACUUUAUUCACAAGAGAGUAUCCAAGUGUGUCUAGAUGUAUAAUCAAAGGACUAAACGAAAGAACGCGGUAAUGUUUUACAUUGAAAUGAUCAAGCUUAUGAGUAGCCGUUAGGCGGUGGGCUAACUCCGAUCUUAGAAUAAAUUUGCCCUCAGAGAUCAAAAUUGAUACAGCUUUCGUUAUGAUCCUCGAAGCAUCAGCAUUGAAGCACAGUUGCUAGCAUAGAAGUGACGGCCACAGUUGCCAUCUCUGAAUGAUUUUCAGAAAAUCAUUUUUCAAUCCAACACGAAAACCCUCACAGUUUGAUACCAGACGUGUCAGAUAUUGAGUUAAAGUCGAGAUUUGCCAUGAUUAACAUUCGAAAUGAAAUAUGGGAGUCCCAGACAUAUAUACAUAUAUAUCUAGCACCGCGUACGGGUGCACCAUGCAAUGUGUAGCGUUUUAUGAUUAAGUGAUAGUUAUGUUCCUUUUACAAGGAUCAUAAGAACUGAUACGUAGCUUUCCUGAUCUGGUGACAAUCAUGUGCGCCAAGUAGCGCUACAAUGACUGUAGAGAUAGUCAGUUAUACAUAAAACUCGUCCCAAUAUCAAAAUUUAAACAAGUUAGUAUCACUAGUACUAUAACAAGAAUUAACGUGCUGUACCUCAUGAUAUCUGCAUCAUUGGAUAUAUAUCAUCACUACCGCCGUUCAAUUUUCAUGGUUAUAUGAAAACAAGCAACUUGGCAAACAUGACUUGAUUUAAUCCGGAACCACGAAGGAGCCGCUUACUCUCCCCUCUCCCUCGUUUCACCUUCGGGGGAAGGGUACGGCUACCUAGGCAGCCGUGAAUUGGUAACAAUGCCAUAACAUUCUUCCUUUCAGAACUUUGACAGACCAAUUAUUAGAGCACAGCUGGAUGAGUCCAAUCACAAGUUUCCAUUAUGUUAUCACACGUGGCUGAUCAUGGAUCAUAACUUAUUUGUUUUUAAGUAAAUAUAUAUUUUUUUGAUGUUGGCUAGUUGUAACUAACUGAAUCGUUAUAAUAGCUAUUGACUAAUAGAUGUUUUCGUGAUAAGCGUAAGUCAUGUAAGUACUAAAGAUGAAUGUUUAGAAAUUAGUGCACAAAAUUCAUAGAAAAAAACUUGACACCAUCAAACGAAGAGUUGCAUCGUAUGAUUAGUAUAGUGUGGUACAGUAUGCACAGUGUUUAUGGCCACUCGUCAGGUUUUCGUAACUUUUUCAGACGACAAUUGCUUACAGCUCGUUCACUUUAAAAAACGUUCAGAGCCUAACCUUUUCUAAUGAUUUAAAUCACGAACUCCAGCUCUGUUCAUGUCCUUUCCCACAGUAUUUAUAUUCUUUUUUUGUAUUUUUUUUAAUUGCACCGCUGGUUACUGUGCUCGAGUUGAAUACGCGAAGCAGUAUACGCCAGGCGGAUCACAUGCUUUAAUAAAGAAAAAAAAACAAUAUUGCAAUGAGAACGAGCCCAGAAUACGUUUGUAACAUAAAAGAAGGCUAAAAAAUACUUCAUCGAUGAUGAAUACUUCAAUAUUCCUUACCAAGGUUAUUCAUGAAGUUAUAUUUUUGCGAAUAAACACUUACGUCGGCACCCCUAGACAAUGUAGUUCUCGCGCACGCGAUACUCAACCUCAGCGAUGACUCAAAAGAAGUCCGGGAAUACGGGAUUAGAAAGCAUAGGGAAGAUUUUAUUUGAAAUAAAGUGCAUUUAUUUCAUGGUAAUCCGAUUUUCUUUUUCGGUUUCGAGAAUUUGGUCUCUGGAAGGAUCUUGUUCGCUUGACGUUGUAAAUUCACUUUUACUGCUGUUAACCAACUCGAUAUAUGUUUCAAAAGGCAAAAAUGCUCUUACCUCAUUUAGCAGAGACAUACGAUAAUAAAUCUAUCUGUAAUCAGUACUACAUGAUUCCUUGCUUGAGUUUCCAUUUAUCCCAACACAAUCUCACACGUUGCGUUAUUAUUCAUAAACUACGCAUGACAGGUGAGAAACGACAUAAUUUGAAACAGGAAAACCGCGUUUUAUGAGACCAUCUUGAAUGUCACGAGGUGUUAGGGAGCCAGAGUAAUACCACUGACCAACAAGAAUGGCUGCUACAAAACUCAAAAGGCCAAGAUCACUAAGUUUUGUGGAUGCGUACAUUAUAGCGUGUGUCGAGUCAGGAGUCAAGACGAAGCGAAUAGUGUUUUUUUCGAAAUUACUACUUUUAAUGGAAAUUGUACUGAAAAUGUAAUAGAAGUAUAAUAAAGAUUAACUACUAAACCAACUGAAAAGCUUCCCAUUUUAAGAUUUAAUAUUUUAUCAGAGUCGUGAGCGUCACUGAAGUCCUCAAAUCAGCGCCUAAGGCCUUCAUGAUGACACGUUAUGAAGCCACU